AUGAUGGUGAACAACGAUGAUGUUUUUGGUAUGUCAACUGCAGCCAGAGAGAGAGAAAUUGCUAUCUUGGAAAGGACGAUAGAAGAUUGUAAGAGUUUUAUCAAUGUGUUUUGUUUACAUUUAUUUGCGUUUUAGCCACACGGGAAGUACAGAAAUUAGCCGGAGACAACUUUUUGUACAUAAAUGACAUUCUGAAGAGCUGUUCGGAUUUAGAGACGGCGAAAAGCUUGCAGAAAUUGGAUGAUUUGGUAUCUAAAUUGCAAAAACAAGUAACCGAAGCGGCAAAAAAGUUAGAGGUAAGAAACUCCAAGGUAUAUUCUUUAUUUUUACCUUUUUUAGGCUCCAUCUUUGAGCGGAAAGAUUGAUGUGAUCAGAGGGAUUGAGAAGCGAUUAGAGAGAUUCUCUGAACUUCGUACGGCUAUAAGGAGCUUGAACACAGAUUUUUCUCAGCUAACGUCUUAUCGAGAUUACGCACUGAAGUUGAAGAACAUGAAGGGAUACAAAGACGUUAUUACUUUGGUUUGUUGUAAUUUUGAUGUAUUGUUAUUUAGGUCUAGAGCAGGUACGAUUUAAAAGAUGACUACCCAGAGGAAGACAUAAUGGUUAAAUUCAACGCAGAGGUUGAUCUGGAAAUAGAGCGGUUUAAGAAAUACCUGGAAGGAAUAUUCGAUACUUUUAUAGUAAUAACCAAGGAUGUUGAGAAUCUCAACAAGACGACACUUAUAAUAAAUUCAGAAGAUCCAACGCUGAUCUGUGAUUGCCUUGAUUCUUUGACUGUUCUUCAUGCGUUUGAUGAAAAGUUUAAGGAGUUGUCAACUGUUAUUUGGACGGAUUUCUGUGAGGUUUUGAUGAAUUCCGUAGAUCCUGACCAGCAAAUAACAAUUACUACCGAAGGACCUCUGCGGAAAAGAUUUGUUAGCGAAUCAAAGCCCAAAAGAGGAGAAAAACAAAAUGUUCAGAAAUUAAUAAUGUAAGUCUUAAUUUUCUGUUUUGUUAUUAUUUAGAUCGCUUGAGAACUUCUUUGAAAAUUUGAGCGAUGUCCUGAAGGAUAUUCGAAUAGGAGAAUCGUUGGUGCUUUUAAUUGGACGUGAGAUUGGCGGCAGACUGAUUGAAACUUUGGUCAUUCGAUGUUCUGCGGCUUCGGUGUCUAUUAAGAAAACGGAUGAAGAAAAGUUGAAGAAGCUGAAGGGGAUGAUCAAACAGUUCGAUGACAGAAUGAGAGUAAGUUAAUUUGGUUAAGAAUGAUUUUUGUUUAGGAAUUACACUUCUUCGAUGACCGAAUGAGUGCAGAAUCGGUUCUGAACAGGUCUAACAGAUUAUUUGUGAAUCAACGAUGUCGCGCGUUCUUGGCCGCUGCCAGAAAUCUUAUUGCAAAGCCUUAUAUUGACCUGGUCGAAGUAUUCAGAAGUCCUAAGCCGUCGGAUCCAGAGUUGGAGAAGUUGUCCAAAGACCUGGGACAUCUGAAGAUAAACACGACAGAUUUGACAAAGGAAGAAGGGCUUCGAUUAUUUGAGCUCCAGAAGUGCAAGAUCAGUGACUCGGUCUACAAAUUGGUUCUUCUCUUAAAGUCGUUGUUCGACUUGGCGUUUGAGACGAAAGAACAACUCGAAGCCGUUAAUUUCUUCCAGGCAGCCCUUCUUAUUAUAGACACUUUCCUCGUUUCCACACCCAGAUUGCAUCAACAAGCUUUGCUGUCCGUACCUCAAACCUCAGGUACGAAAAUAACUCAUAUUUUAGUAUAAUUUUAGCCAUCUUCUAUAAUAAUUGCCAAUAUUUGUUCCACAAUCUAUUUGUUUUCAAGAUUGAAUGCGAACAGAAGUUAGCUGGUCAGUCAAAUGUAAGUUAACUCGCGUGCUAAUUUUUGCUUAGAUAAAGUCGGAGGAUCUCAAUUUCACGAAACAAUUCAAGGAGUUGAGAAGUUCUGGACUCAAGUUCUUGGACCAACAAAUCAAUUCUGUGAAGAGAAACCUUUCUGUCGCGCUGAAUGAAGACAACUGUAAGAUUAAAGGUCUACUUUGUAAAUUUAUUCCAGUAUUUGUCAACAUUGACGCCUCAGAAGGGAAUCGGGAACGAGUUGAAAAGACCUUGAAUGGAUGUGUAAUGGAAUUAAAUCGCCUCAGGUCGGUCUGGAGUGAAGUAAUGUCCGACUCUGUCCUCAGCAUAUCAAUGGGUGUAUUGGUGGCCCAUCUUUUAUCAUUACUCUCCAAAGCCAUACUCAGCAAGGAGGACAUUACAAUGACUGAUGCUGAAUCUAUGGCGGUCUUGUUCUCUGAGGUCAUGAGAAAAUCCAGGAAGUUGAUGACGGUAUGUUUUUACGACUGCAUAUUUGGUAUCGUUAAUUUAUUUGUAAUUUAGAUGAAUGGUGCUGAAGGGAUACAUUCGAUCUGCCACAGAGAGUAUGUGCGUCUGGAAGAAGUCAUUUUCGUUCUUAAUGGCAAUCUAAACGUAGGUGCAAUACAAACUCUAACGGUGGUGUGAAUUUAGAAUGUUUCUAAUCGGUGGUGCAAUGGGAAAGGAACGCUGGCAGAGUACCUGAAGGCUUUUGAAGUGCGUGGUCUCGUAUGUGCCCUCUUCCAGAACACCGAUAAGAGAUCGGCUCUUCUUGAUCAGAUCAAAAACCCGGAGUGA